UGCUGGGCUCAGAGCGUAGCCGGAGCACUCGCUCUCCACGGUUCCUCGGUCGGGCGCCUAUCGCCUGCAUCGCCACCGCCACCGCCACCGCCACCGCUGCUGUUGCUGUGUGACUUCCCGGCCGGCGUCCGUGGACCCCGCUGGCAGUUCUCGAGCCUUUCAGAAAGGAACUGCUGAAAGCCUGCUUCCCGUCAAGAGAACAUAUUCUCUUGAUGCCCCUACAGAAGGGAGCUGGCAGUGUGGGAUGGACGUGUGAGUGAAUCAUUAAGAAUGGUAUUUGGAAGCUGUUGGCACCUCUACCUCAAUCAGCAAAUGUUCUCUACCAUUUCUCCAUUUGUAUGGCCGGGCAUCACUGUCCUUCCAGGCUUGAAUAAAUAAAGUGUGUUUCACCUCCAUUGGGAAGCCCGAGGAAAAGGAGUCAGUCUCUAAGAAGUGAUUAUAACUCUUGAUAACUCUUGGCUGUUUUGGUGCAUUAUUUACUGCUUUCCUACAACCAAAGGGUCUAAUUGAAAUUAGCUGUGAGAAGAUGCGUCUCUAGUAUGACGACCCUUAGCAAUGUCAUCGCCACCCACCAGUCUGAGUGGGUAUCUUUCAAUGAAGAAUCACUCUUUCCUGUUGCUUCAGAAGGUGGCCCUGAGAAUCUUGUUACAAGAUUGUCUUCUUCCUCAGACAGGUCAGAGAGUUCCUCUGGGGAAAACCAGACAGUGGAUGGAGAAUCUCAGGAUCUCUCUCACUCAGAGCAGGGUGAUAGCUCAGAGAAGCUGGGCCUCAUCUCAGAGCCGUCAUCUCCACCUGACAACCUUGUACAGCCCAAACCUGACUUGGCCUCCGCCAUUAGCAACUGGGUCCAAUUUGAAGAAGAUACACAAUGGACCAGCACCUUAUCAGCUACCAAAGAAACAGCCCCACCGCUAACCAUGUCCUGCUGGACAUGUCCCUCCUUUGACUCCUUGGGAAGAUGUCCCCUGGCUUCAGAGAGCAGCUGGACUACUCGAUCUGAGGACACUAGUAGCCCAAGUAUUGGCCCAUCAUAUACAGACAUGCAGGCUCUUGAUGCUGAGGAGCAGACAAGUGGUGGGGCCUCGGGAGCUGAUUCUGCUGACAAUUCUUCCUCUCUCCAGGAAGAUGAAGAAGUAGAGAUGGAAACCAUUGGCUGGCACACUAGUGGCCCAGCCAUGAAUGGGCAUUCUGCCACCCCAGUGACCUCAGCUCGUUUCCCCAGCUGGGUAACUUUUGAUGACAAUGAAAUCAGCUGCCCUCUGCCACAAAACACCUCUACUUUAAAACCAGACCCUGCAUCCAUUGCAACUCCUGUCCAAGAUGUGAAUUGUAACUUAACUGGAUCUUUUAAGAAGAGAGAACGUCCCAAGAGUAGCUUGGUAGACUUCUCAAAAGUUCAGAAAUUAGAUAUUUCCUCCUUAAACCGGCCACCUUCCAUAAGUGAGCCUCCACCUUGGAGGGCAACCAACCCCUUCCUGAAUGAGACCCUCAAGGAUGUGCAGCCUUCUCCCAUUAACCCUUUCAGUGCCUUCUUUGAGGAGCAAGAAAGGCGUUCCCAUAAUAAUUCCAUCUCCAGUAGCACAGGAAAAAGCCAGAGGGAUUCCCUCAUUGUCAUAUAUCAGGAGUCAGAUGCCAUCACUUUUGAUGACUCAGUCAAGAAAAGAACACACUCUGAUGCUGUCGAGAAGCUCAAACAACUCCAGAUUGGGGAUCCCGAUCACCUUGGCAGUACCACUCUGCCUGAUGAUGACCCAGCAUCGUGGGGUGGGCUGGAUGAUGAGCUGAAGAGCUCAGCCCUAUCUCGGCCUAGAGACGGUUGGCCUAUGAUGCUGAGGAUCCCUGAAAAGAAGAACAUUAUGUCUUCCAGGCACUGGGGACCAAUCUACGUAAAGCUCACAGAUAGUGGCUGCCUUCAGUUGUAUUAUGAGAAGGGCUUGGAGAAACCAUUCCGAGAGUUCAAAUUGGAGAUCUGCCAUGAGAUUUCUGAACCCAAGCUCCAGAACUACGAUGAAAAUGGGAGAAUCCACAGUAUGCGAAUUGACCGUGUUACAUACAAAGAGAAGAAGAAAUACCAGCCUAAACCAGCUGUGGCCCAUAUGGCUGAACGGGAGCAAGUAAUUAAGCUAGGAACCACCAGCUAUGAAGACUUCCUGAGUUUCAUCAGGGCGAUUCAGGACCACCUUAUGAGUUUGCCAGUGUCAUCCAUGGACCUAAGCACAGUGGGUUUGAACUAUUUAGAGGAGGAGAUUACAGUGGAUGUCAAAGAUGAAUUCUCUGGAAUCUUGAGCAAAGGAGACAACCAGAUUCUUCACCACCAAGUCCUAACACAUAUUCAUGUGCUAAGUUUUCUCUCUGGACUUGCAGAGUGCCACCUGGGCCUCAAUGAUGUCCUUGUAAAAGGGAACGAAAUAGUCUCCCGGCAGGAUAUCAUGCCCACCACCACCACCAAGUGGAUAAAACUGCAUAACUGUCGAUUCCAUGGGUGCGUGGAUGAGGAGGUAUUCAACAGUUCCCGAGUGAUCUUGUUCAAUCCCUUGGAUGCAUGCCGCUUUGAGUUAAUGCGGUUUAGGACAGUUUUUGCAGAAAAGACCUUGCCUUUCACCCUCAGGACUGUGGCAAGCAUCAAUGGGGCAGAAGUGGAGCUGCAGAGCUGGCUAAGGAUGUCAGCUGGCUUCUCCUCUAAUCGUGACCCUCUCACGCAGAUUCCCUGUGAGAAUGUGAUGAUCCGGUACCCAGUGCCCAAUGAGUGGGUGAAAAAUUUCAGGAGGGAAAGUGUUCUAGGGGAGAAAUCUUUAAAAGCCAAAGUGAAUAAGGGGGCCAGUUUUGGAUCAACCAGUAUCUCUGGCUCUGAGCCAGUCAUGAGAGUAACUUUGGGUACUGCCAAGUACGAGCAUGCUUUCAACUCCAUUGUGUGGAGGAUAAAUCGACUACCUGACAAAAACUCAGCUUCUGGCCAUCCUCACUGCUUCUUCUGCCACCUGGAACUUGGCUCUGACCGUGAAGUGCCUUCCAGAUUUGCCCGCCAUGUAAAUGUUGAGUUCAAUAUGCCAACCACCUCUGCCUCCAAAGCCACUGUCAGAUCCAUCUCUGUGGAAGACAAGACUGAUGUCAGGAAAUGGGUCAACUAUUCUGCACACUACAGCUACAAGGUGGAAAUUGAACAGAAGCAGAAUUUGAAAUCGGGACUUUGAGGAGACGAAAUUGAAAAAUCCCAAGGAAUGUGGGGUACAGUGAAUAAGACAUAUCACUGACGCAAUGAUGGUUUCUCAUCCUGCCUAAUAGAGUACAAGUCAGUACUUACCACAACCACUCCUCUAAUGUGGCAAUGUCCUUGGAAUUUCUGCUCACAAACUUGCUGGAUUUAGACAGGAAUCUGAAUGGUGGUUGGUUUGGCAAGGCUGGUUGGCUUAGAUUAUGCAUUGAACGGUGUACGGGUUCAAUUGACUUUGGGGGACUUACUGUCCAAUGAAGCCUGCCUGUGUACCUGCCUUUUCUCUGCUUGCCUUUCAGAAGUGAUGUGUGGUAUGUAGAUUGCUUUAGACAUAACUCCUGCCGUCUCAGAGUUGGAAUAUUUCCCCAGAGUAUUUUUCCAUCAUUUGUGUGGGUUUCCUUUAAAAAAAAAAAAAGACACGUGUAAGAGUUGGGGAGUUGGGUGGGGAACACAGGUCCUGAGGGAUAAAUUCACCAAGUACUAAUUUCUCCAUCUCUUGAGUUUAGGGAAAGUUCAGAGGAGAUGUAAAAUCAAUAUGGCUUCCUUUCUAUCUGGGUCCCUUUGAUGUUUGCCCUUCCACUUUAAAUAUGAACACUAAGCAACACAAGAUUUCAUAAAUAUUUUUAGUCUUCACUUUAGGAACUCUUGCUCUAUUCUUCUAAGAUUUCUAUAAACUUGCCCUUACAAGGUUGUUCACACUUGUUCAUGGUAGGAAUUAAGAGCCAAAGGCCCAGGAGAGUAUCUUUUAAAAGAUUAGAUCAGCAGUCCUGUGCCAGGGAAUCAUUUGAAAGGAAAGAAAGUUUAUUUGAAUGAAGUCUUUUUCAGCCCAGGGCCUUAGUCACCACCAAGUUAUAUUCAAGUCAUGAGAGGGAACACUUUCAUUCUGUGUGUGAAGUAAAUACUAUAUUUUGUAUUUAGGAGAACCUGGAAAAGAAAAAACGA